AUUUGCGACACAUUCACAGUAAUGUAGCUACUAGAGGUACAAGCUACACAGGAAAGAUAUGCUAGUAACCAUUUAAACCAAACAGGACGAAGCUGCGAUUGUUUGUGUAUUUCGUGUUAGAUAUUAUCUAUGUAUAUCAUUUGUGGCACCGCCUUUGCACCACGUUUGGUUGUUUGGUUAGCUGGUCAUGAUAAUUUCAUGUAUUCACCAUUCCUCUGCCAACGCAACAUGAGUUAGAUAAGAGUUGUAAUAUAAAGGAACAUUUCAUCUUAAGUUCUAAUCAUUUUCAAAAUGGACAGUUUUGAUGCUACAUACAGUGACAGUAGUGACCAUGAGAUAAAUGAAGCACAGCAUUCCACUUUGUUAGCUGCUGUGUCUGAGCUUGAUGUUAAACAACGAGUAAAACCACCAAGUCGUAAAGAAUCAAGUUUUAGAGUGUCAGAGUUCCACCUUGGGAAGGGUGAUGCUGACAAAAAUACUGUUUUUAUAAGGAACUUGACAAAGUCUUUGGGUCAGCAAGGUAGUCAUGCUGUAAUCACCAAACAGUUGCGUUCGAUUCAUCACAAUACACGGACUCUCCCACGUCCAUUAGAAAAAACUGUUGCUGCGAGGAUUCAACGUUCAGUUGGGUUUAAAAACGUAAAAUCUCAGUUGGGUCGUUGGGAUGCUGUUGUGUACAGCAAUCAGGCUGCCAGUCAACUUUCCUUUCCAUUGAAACAGUCCACUGUUACUUUCCAAACAGUAAAUGAUUUUGUUUCAAAGUUGAAGUCGCAAACAAGGACCUCUCUGGAGCAACAGAUGGAUGAAAUUUUAAACAACAGCCCAGUUGUGCAGGAAGAAAGAAAGGAAGAAGAGUAUCAAUUGAGUUUAGCUGAGAUGUGUGAGCGUCGCCGAGAGAUGGCUAGAUUGCGUGCACAGCAGUCGUACAUGGCCUCUAAGGCCAGUAGGCAGAAGAAGAUCAAGAGCAAGAAGUAUCACCGAAUCCUGCGGCGUGAACGUAUUCGACAACAGUUGAAGGAUUUUGAAGUACUUCAGAAAACAGAUCCUGAAGCUGCAUUGCAACAGCUUGAGCUGUUGGAACGCACUCGUGCAGAGGAACGAGUGUCACUGCGACACCGCAGUACGGGUCAGUGGGCAAGGAACAAGGCUGUGAGAGCAAAAUAUAAUAAAGAGAGUCGGCAAGAGUUGGCACAGCAACUUGCAGUAAGCCGGGACUUGACACAGAAAAUACAGGUUGAGAACAGCAGUGACGAUGAAGAGGAAGAAGACAGCAGUGUAAAAGUAAUGCCACCUAACACUGACAAUCCUUGGAUUACACCAAAAGCAGCCUCAGAGGUAGAAGAAUUUGUCAGUGAGUAUCGUAAAUACUGGGCAGAGCAUAAUAGAAAAUCAUCUGAAGGAACUGGUAAUGCCAGUAACAUAUGUCACAACAAAGGGAUAGACAGGAAAGGAGUAGCAAGUGAAUUAGGGAAGGAAUGUACAGAGAAUCAUUCAGCAGCACCUGCAAAUGAAAGUAUUGAAGGCCAAAAUGACAAAGGUAAUGAAGUAGAUAAAAAUCACAUACAAAGUCAUAGUUCAGCAUCUGUAAAUUUAAGAGGUGAAAAUAAUGAAGAUGGCUCUAUAGAUGUAGAAAUUCCAAUAAGGGAAGGACAAAGAUGUAGUGAUACAGUAAUUAACAGUACUGAGCCAGAAGGAAAACAGGUAUCACCAAAGAAAGGAAACAGUACUUUUGAACAGAUAAAUAACAUAGUUGAGAUACUGCCAAAAGAGAAAACAUUAUCACCAAAAAAACUGAACCAUACAACAGGAGAUGUAAAUAAUAGGAGUGAGGUACAGCUACAAAAAGGAAAGUUGCUACAAAAUAAACAAAAUAAUAGAGCCAAACAGGAAAAUGACAGUGCUAAGAUAGUGCCAAAAUGGAAGAUUUCAUCAAAUAAACAAAAUAAUAUAGAAGAAGAAGAAGUAGAUACCAGUACUGUGAUGCAGCUCAAAAGAAAGAUAUUAUUUUUAAAUAAAGAGAAAAAUAUCUCAGAAGAGGUAUAUAAUAAUGCCAAGAUACAGCCAAGGAGGAAACGAAUGUCUCUAAAUAAACCAAACAGUAUAGUAGAGCAAGUAAAUAAGAGAAAAUGUGCAUAUAGUUUUAGUUCCACUGGUUAUAAAUCCAAGCCUUCUGAGUCUCACUCAGCAGUAAUUGCAACAACAAAUUCUUGGACUGUGACACCAAUAGAUAUAGAAAGGAGUAAAGUGGAGAAUUAUAGUGGACCAAAGAGAAAGAACAGUAAUAAGAAUAAAGGAAAUAGAAUUGACAACGGUACAAGUAAGAAUACAGUAAAAAUAGGAGAAUUGUUUGAUGACAUGGAAGAAAAAUUGAAGGAGAAGGUGGAUAAGAAAUUAAAGACACUGAAAUUGGAGUUUAAGGUUAAAGAUAAAAACAAGGCUGAAAACACAAAUUCAGAAUCAGAUGAUGAAAGUCCAUCCUUGAAAUUUAAACAAGUGGAUGUACAGGCAGAUUUGGAUGAAGAACUAAAUGAACAGCCUCAUGAUAAGUUUCAGGAAGAUGAAUCUUCAUGCGGGAACCUGAACAAGAUAGUACGAGAGUCUAGCUUACAGGAACGAGAGCAGGAACUCCCACUAGAUAAUAUUGAUCCUAACAAGUUCAUGGCAAUGAAACCAAAACACUUGCAGACAGAGCUUCCAGACAUGAUAACUAGAGGUGAUGAGGCUCUUGAUGACAAUGAAGAUGAGAGUGAAGAAAGGCAGAUGACUAUCACUGAAGCGUUUGCUGAAGAUGAUGUAAUUGCGGAGUUCAGGAAGGAGAAAGAUGAGGUGACAGAGAAAUCGCAGCCUCAGAGUGUUGAUUUGUCUUUGCCUGGCUGGGGAGAGUGGGGUGGAAAAAACCUGCCUGUAUCUUCAAGGAAAAAGCGUCGUUUCAUAAUAAAGUUUCCUGAGGUAGCACCAAGGAAGGAUUCCAACAAAGGGAGUGUUAUCAUUAAUGAAGAAAAGAAUGAUAAAGUUGUGCCUCAUCAGGUAAGUGAACUGCCAUUCCCGUUUACAAGUGUAAAGGACUUUGAAGCUAGUAUUCGUGCUCCAAUUGGUAACACUUGGAUUCCACAAACUGCACAUCGUAAACUAAUAAAGCCGUCAGUUGUAACAAAACUGGGAUCUGUUAUCGAACCAAUGGAUGAAGAUAUGUUGGUGAAUAAGAAGAUGAAAAUGAAAGGAAUGCCAUAAAAUUUAUGUACUUUUGUGAUGGUGUAAAAUUUUAUGUUAAUAAGGAUUUUAUUAUCUGGA